AUGAACAGUCUACAGUACGUUAUAUUCUUCAUAAUGGUCACAAUGAUUCUGGCCAAGCCAAUGUGUGAAGAAGCAAAUGGCAAAAAGUACCGUAACGGCCAAACCUAUGUAUAUGACAAUUCUUUUGUUAAAAAGUGUUACGCAAAAAACAACGGAUAUAACACUAAGAUUGUGGCUUGUUACAUUAAGGGCAUGAAGAAGAGGUUAAAUAUUGGCCAAACCAAGACUUACAAAGGCAUGAAGUACUCAUGUAAACGUGGCCCAGGAAAUGCUGUACAACUGGACGAGAAAUCGAUUUAA